AUGCGUGUGGUGGUAGUGGUGCUGGUGUUGUCACUGGCGGCUGUGACUUUCUCCAAGGUCAAGGAUGAAACAUCAAGUAGGAGGGUGACCAAGACGAUGGCUGAGGAGGUCGUGGUGAAGGAAGGAAGUGGUGGCGGAGACGAUAAUAAAUCUUGGAGAAAGGAAGGAAAAACACUUGGGCCAAAGAAUGCAAAAGGGGAAAGGAAAUUAAAGAAAAAUCAAAAGCAGAUAAAGAAAGAAGAGAAGAAUGUAAAGAGAAAAAAUAAAAGAAGCGAAAUUAAUAAACCAAGUAAAGGCGAACAAUCAGAGAAACGGAAGAGAAGAGUGACGAAACUCGACACACCCAAAAAAUCCAAUAAAACAGAGACAGCAAAGAACCCGAGGAAGACAAAGUUGCUGAAAAACCCAAAGAAUAUAAGAAAUCCAGGAAAUAAAAAGAAAUUAGAAACCCGAAAUGGAGAAAUACCACAUAAAAAUAAACCAGGAAAGAAGACAAAUAAAACAAGAAAGGUACAUAAUAUAAAGAAAACGAGAAAAGAAGAGAAGUCAAAGAAAACGGGAAAAGUAAAAAAGACAAAGAAACCAGUAAAAGAAAAGCUGCAAAAUGAAUCAAGAAAGUCGAAUACAUCAAUAGAAACAUUAAAAAAGACGAAGGGGAAACGGAAAUCAAAGACUAAGAAUAAAAAAAACAGGAAACAAAAUGAAGACAACACCGUGUCAGAUUCUCAAACAUCAGAGAAAAAUAUAAAGACACAAAAGAAAUUUAAGGAAUCUCGCAAAAUUAUCCAACCUAAAAACAAAGUGGAGAAGCUACAUAAACAAAGGCCGAAAAAUUCUAAGUUAACCUUCAGCUGUCCUCAGUUCAACCUCAAUACUAAGGGCUGCAAGAGGGAGAAGUUAAUCGUGAAUUACAGAAGUAAGAGCAAGAAGAAGUAA